AUGGGCGAACACGACCCCAUCGUAUCGCACGGCCGAGGAGGCCAAGGCAACAUCGGUGCCGACUCAACCGAAUACGUCGACGCCGCCAUCGUCCGUGAAGGUAUCUACGGCGACCAAGGCGACGGCGCCUACUCCGCCGGUCGCGGCGGAGCAGGCAACAUCGGCUCCCCGCACGUCCGUCCCACCUCGAAGGUGCCGCACGACGCGGAAAUGAUCCCCGAGCUGGCGAUCCGGCAGUCCGUCGACGGGGAUUAUCAUACUGGUCGCGGCGGACAAGGCAACGUGCAUCUCGACGAGGAACACCGCAAGGAGAAGGAGAAGAAGCAGCAGCACCGGCAUGAUCAGUAUGAGGGGUUGGCGGAUAAAUUGAAGUAUAAGAUUUUUGGGCGGAAGUGA